AUGUGUGAUUACAGGUGUCCGUGGAGUUGUUGUGUGACAGACAGACUUUUCAGGGAAAACACAACAUUACAUCUAUUCUCUCCAGAAAGAGUGCCUGUGACAGACCAAAGCAACACCUGCACUGAAGUCCAAGUUGCCAUAACUGUGUCGCCUGAUGAAGAGCAGAAUCUGAAUCAUUAUGUACAAGUUUUACAGAACCUGAUAAUGAGUGUUCCCACCAGGGAUCAGGGCUCCGACAAAAAGUCAGAGGUCUCAAGAACUGUGGAAAUCGCAGAACCGAGGUCGUCGCCUGACCUGAUGUUGAUACACACCCCUGACGAAGUUACCUCUGAACACGAUGUUCUGAUCAGGCCAGUCAGCGAGGAUAAGACGACUUUCCCUUCUAGCGGCUUCACGCUGGGGAUGGACGGGCAAAAAGAAACCGAAAGCACGGCGUUCUGGUCCAUCCGGCCAAAUAACGUUUCUAUUGUUUUACACUCGGAUGAACCUUAUAUUGAAAAAGAUGAGCCGGAGCCGGAGCCGGAGCCGGAGCUGGAGGUGGAGCCAGAAGCUAGACAUAUAGUGCCUGAGCCUGAACCUGAACCUGAGCCUGAGUUUGAGUCGGAGCCGGAGUCUGAGUCCCACUCAGAGGCAGAGGACAGUCUUGAGCCAGACUCACGGCAAAACAGGAUGAAAACGGAGUCCUCGAGGAUGCCAUCCCUGAUCAUCCAUCCGUGGCUGGGAAGUACGCGUGUCACCUUAACAACAAGGGCCAGCACCAUGGAUGUCUCCACAGACACUGAGGACGUGCCCCAGCUCUCAGGCCUGUUGGAAAACGAGGACAUCGAAGAAAUCGCUGAACACGGCUCCCAGAAUUUGAGAUAUGAGGAGAUUUUGGGAAAAAUUUACGAUAUUCACUCAGAGAUUCUGCGGGGGCCUCUUGGUGACAGCAACAACCCCGAGUACAAGGAGUACAUCAAGGCCUCCAGGGAGCAUCUGAAACGGAGCCUGGCCCUGGCCGCAGCCGCUGAGCACAAGUUACAACAGAUGUACACAUCUCGCAUCUUCCCAGAGGACCAGAUGAUCGAUUCAGCCGAUGACAUGGAAACGGUUAUCGACGUGCUGUACAAUUCCAGGUCCAAGUUGUCGGAGUAUUUGAAUAUAAAGCAUAUACCAACAGAGCUGAGACAAAAGACCACUGCUGUGACUGGUGUGUUGAAAAGACUAUUAUGUGUAGAUCAGAUAGAAAUACAACACCUCAUUAGGAAGCUGUUAAGCAAUAAUUUGAAAAUCCUAAAUAUCCUUGAUAUUCCGUGAUCAAACUCAUUUAAGUUAAGGGCUCGUUCACAGGAAAAUAAGCAUAUUAGUGAUUUCAAAAGUUGCCUAAAAUAUUUUCUAUUAUUAUUCCAUGUGCUAACAUCCGUAUGUGUCAUGUCAUAAGAUAUUUUCAUAUGCACUAAA